GGGGUGGGGUGGGAGGGGCGUCUCUCCCUUCCGCCCCGCCCCGAUGGCCCGCCCACCAGCCCCACCCCGGCGCCACCGGGUUGCGCGAUUCUCGCGCGUCUGCGCCGUGACGUCAUCUCCGCGCGACUGGCCCGGCAGUUCCAUUCACCGUGUGUCUCCCACACCUCCGGAGAGGGUCCGCGUGAUCUUCUGCAAGUGUUAGUGAGCGGUCCAGGGAGGGUGCUGGCGGGACCCACGAAAUUCACCUUGAUGUGGAGGCGUCCUGGCGGGUCCAUCGGAGACAUAAGCAGUCAAUACAGGUGUUUCUGAUCUCAAUUCCAGACUAUUUACCAUUGAACCGGUAUAAUUAUAUGCAAUUAUGUCUGGUUAUAAGCCUGCUGCUAUUCAAACAUACCCAGUACUUGGUGAAAAGAUCACCCAAGACACAUUGUACUGGAAUAAUUACAAGACCCCUGUUCAGAUUAAGGAAUUUGGAGCAGUGUCCAAAGUUGACUUUUCUUCACAGCCUCCAUAUAAUUAUGCGGUCACAGCUUCUUCAAGGAUUCACAUUUAUGGCCGAUACUCUCAAGAACCUAUAAAAACCUUUUCCCGGUUUAAAGACACGGCGUACUGUGCUACUUUCCGGCAGGAUGGUAGACUUCUUGUGGCUGGGUGUGAAGAUGGGGGCGUUCAACUUUUUGAUAUAAGUGGAAGGGCCCCCCUCAGACAGUUUGAAGGCCACACAAAGGCAGUUCAUACAGUUGAUUUCACAGCUGACAAAUACCAUGUCGUUUCUGGGGCUGAUGACUAUACAGUUAAAUUAUGGGAUAUUCCAAAUGCCAAAGAAAUUCUGACAUUCAGAGAACAUACUGAUUAUGUGAGAUGCGGUUGUGCCAGCAAACUGAACCCAGAUCUUUUUGUAACAGGGUCCUACGAUCAUACUCUGAAGCUGUUUGACACCCGGGCCAAUCAGAGCGUUCUCUCCGUGGAGCACGGGCAGCCAGUGGAGAGUGUCCUGCUUUUCCCCUCUGGAGGUCUUAUGGUAUCAGCAGGGGGUCGUUACGUUAAAGUCUGGGACAUGCUGAAAGGAGGACAGUUGCUGGUGUCUUUGAAAAACCACCACAAGACCGUGACGUGCUUGUGUCUGAGCAGCUCUGGACAGAGACUGCUCUCUGGCUCCCUGGAUAGGAAGGUAAAAGUGUAUAGCACAACUUCCUACAAAGUAGUCCACAGUUUCGAUUAUGCAGCUUCGAUUUUGAGUCUGGCCCUUGCACACGAAGAUGAGACAAUAGUUGUAGGAAUGACCAAUGGAAUCCUGAGUGUUAAACACCGGAAAUCUGAAACAAAGGAUUCGAUUCCCAGGAGAAGGAGGCCUGCAUAUCGAACCUUUAUUAAAGGGAAAAAUUACAUGAAGCAAAGGGAUGACAUUUUCAUAAACAGGCCAUCCAAGAAACACCUAGAAUUGUAUGACAGGGAUCUGAAAAAUUUUCGGAUAUCUAAGGCGCUUGACCGAGUACUUGAGCCCAGCUGUACCAUAAAGACCCCUGAGAUUACAGUUUCCAUCAUCAAGGAGCUGAAUCGAAGAGGAGUCCUUGCAAAUGCCCUUGCAGGUCGGGACGAGAAGGAAAUCAGUCGUGUUCUUAAUUUUUUGAUACGGAAUCUCUCUCAACCAAGAUUUGCCCCUGUCUUGAUCAAUGCUGCUGAAAUCAUUAUUGAUAUAUAUCUGCCUGUGAUUGGUCAGUCACCUGUAGUUGAUAAAAAGUUUCUAUUACUUCAAGGACUUGUAGAAAAAGAGAUUGAUUACCAAAGAGAGCUGCUGGAAACCUUGGGGAUGAUGGAUAUGCUUUUUGCUACCAUGACAAGGAAAGAGAAUGUUUCUGAGUUGCAGCAAGCAACCGAUGGCUUUCUGGACAACAGGAAGAUAGAGGCAUAGUGUCUGCUGGAUUCGCCACAUGAGAACUCGAGUUCUAGCUUUCAAAAGAUUUGACUGUGAAUGAUUCGGAGGAGAAUCUUUUUGAUACAGUAUAAGUGCUAUUCAUGGAAGCAAUUUUAUGGAAGAGACAGAAAUAGUUAUGUCUGGAAAAUAAGUACGUGUUUUAAGACAUGCUUAACACAUGGUUUCCAUGUGAUAUUUUGAAUUAUUUUAUCCCAUCUUCUGCCAGAAGAUCUGAACUGUCACAUUUAUGGUAUAAGUCUCCCCUGGACAAGCCAACAUUAAUCUCGAUGCAACAAAGCUCUGUGUCAUAACUAGGGUUGGCAUUCAGAGCUCUCAAGAGGGUUUCCACUGGGAGUUGGGCCCAAGGACCAGAGCUUAUGGAAGAAUACCACAAGUGGACAAAUGGCGACAGCAAAUAAACUCUUUGUCUACUCUGCUUUGUGCACUUUGGGUUUCCAGGCCCCAGUAGCUCAUGCCUCCCCUCCCCAGGUCCCCUGCUGGGCCUCUUUUGGCCACAGGACGGUCAGCUUCAGUUGUGGCGAUUCAGCGGCAGGCUCGGAACAAUUGACUGGACUGGGACACUAGUCAGAGUGGGAUGAGCCAAAUUUGAUACCCAAAACUUGUGCUUUCCACCCCAGAGUUUCUUUUUCAUUUCUGUAAUUUUGGAUAUCCUAGUCAGAACAUGGUCUGUAGUUAAGACUACUGGAUUGUGGGGUUAUGUGUUUUCCUUUCCUUUAAUAAGCAGUCAGCCUUGGUCCCUUUCUUCACUUCCGUUUUUUUCUGAGCCAUACCCUGCUGUGCGUAGGGACUGACUCCUGGCUCUGCACAGGAAUCACUCCUGGCCGGCUCGGGGGAGCAUAUAUCUAUCUGGAGAUGGAGCCCACGUUGGCUCUGUGAAGGCAAGAGUCUAACCUGCUCUAUUAUCGCUGCAGCCCCAAAAAGCAGGUUUUCUUUCUACCUGCUUUUCAGAUCAGUGUCAGAGUGACAUUUCUCUUGUAGCAAAUAGACGUUUAGCCUUCUAGAUGUAUCUCACAGUUACCUGUAUCUCUGAAAUGGUUUUCUUUGCUCUGUACUCAGAUAUCCCAACCCACCCCCAUUCCUUCUUGUGUUUCAGAACCCCAAGCCAGACUUGAUGGUUGGUGUGUUUUUUAAGGAAAAAAAGAAACACAACCUCUUAUUAUCCUCUUGAUUUUCUGAAAUGUAUGAAUUUCUGAUGGAUAGUCACAAGCUAGAGACUCUUAGCACGUUGAUUUUAUAUUCCUACCUCUCCAUUCUUGCCUAUUCCUUUCCCAUCUCAAGUAGUUAAUGAACUGUAAGAACUAAGCUCUUAGUUAAAGGAAGAUUUUGUAGUUGGACUCUUAAAAAGUUCGAGUCCGUGAAUUUGAAUAUUUUUUUAAAGCGAAAAAAGUAGGAUGCUUCUGUGUUCUCUGGGGCAGAGGCUCAGAAAUAGGGCCAAGGUUCCCUUUUAUGAAUUGAUUUAAAUAAUUUGCAGCACAGUGGCUUGUAAGAAACCAGAAAUCUGCUUCCCUGAGAAAUUAGUGAAGUUUAGAACUGUUCAUAUUGAAAAGGGUUAAUUUAUUUAAAUAACUUUUGUAUUUAAAAGUUUAUAAAUUUUUAACUUCUUGAGUAUGCUGGUAAUUUGUAUGCUAGUAAAAAAAAUUAUAUGUUGAAAUCCUA